UUAGGCCCGGCGGAGUCGCCCACUAUGAUGAUCGCCUACAGCUGCAUUGCAAAUGGCCGAGCGGUCCUAGCGGAGCUGGCCCUAACCGGCGGCUCUUAUCAGGAAGCAGCGGCAACAGUGCUUAAACUAGUGCUUCUUAGAGCUGAACCAAAGACCAUAAUUCAAAUGGGAAGCUUUGUCUACCAUACUCUCUUUAUUGACGGAAUCACUUACCUAUGUGCUUCAGACAAUGCCUUAGAUACUGUAACACCAUCUGCAUUUCUUAAAAAUGUUAGUGAGACUUUUCUGAGAGAUCCUUUGAUGUCACAAGAACAUUUUUCUCCGUCAAAUGCAGUUGCUACAGAUUUUCAACAAGUAUUAGGCAAGUAUAUGAUGAAAUACAAUAAAAAUCAAGAGGACAGCUCGAUAUCCACACUGAAGAGUCAAGUAACUGAUGUAAAAAAUGUGAUGACCCAAAAUAUUGAUAAAAUUUUGGAAAAAGAAGAAAGAUUGAAUAUCUUCACUGAUAGGACAGAUGAUCUGCAAACAACUGCCAAAGAAUCCCAAAAAACAAGAAAGAUUCUUGGGAGGAUAUGGUGGAAACACUUCAAAAAGAUUAUAGUCAUCACCGUGGCCAUUCUCCUUUCAAUCAUCAUCAUUCUUUUAAGUAAAAUGUAAUACCAACUUGACCCUUCUCCCUAUCCCCAGC